AUGGCCCAAAAUAGGCAGUCUUCGACUGAACAAAUAAGCGCGAUUCUUGAAGAUGAAGAAGGAGCUUUCGAUGAGACUGACGAUGACUUGGGCCUAGAAGGAGACGCAGAUACAUUUUGGGAGCCAGAGCAUGAAUCGAACUCAGAAAUAAGUGAUACUGAAGAACCAUCCACAUCGACCUCAUCCCAACCACCAUCCGAUUCAUCUACGUAUUUUUUGGGUAGAGAUAAGAGCACUAAAUGGAACAAAACUAUUCCCAGCCAAAGAUUACUAUCAACAGAAUUAGUAAAAGCACAUCGAUUAGCGCGAGCAAUAGUUCCGUUCCUACCUAGUGCUUUGAAAAAGCGAUUAUCAGAACCUGAGGCUGCGACUCCUUCAACGUCUAACACAGGAUUGCCCCCAGCAGAAAGAGGAAGAAAUUGGAAUUCACAACAAAAAUUAUGCACUAUUGUUUUUGAUGAAAUUGCAUUAACACCACAUUUAACAUACAAUGAAAGAACUGAUGAAAUUAAUGGGUUUGUUGAUGUAGCUGGAAACAGAAAGAUGAGAUUUUGUGACCAUGCUCUAGUCUUCAUGAUUAGAGGAGUGUGUUCAUCAUGGCGCCAAACCGUGGCAUUCUACUUUUGUGAAGGGACUGUGUCAUCAGCUUCACUACAAAAUAUUUUGAAACAGCUUGUGGAACAAGUGGCUCAGACUGGAUUAAUACCGUUGGGACUAGUCUGUGAUCAAGGUUCAACAUUUAGAUCUGCCAUAAAAAGUCUAAGAGAGAUGACCAUCCAAAAAUGUAGUCAUCAAAAUGAAAUAUGGGCAUUACCUAAAUUAACAGCACAUCAUGUUGACCCAAAAAAAAUGAAGAAAAUGAAAGUCAGUGUAGCUGCUCAAGUACUAAGUGCUCGGACUGCCGCCAUGCUAAAAUAUACAAAUACACUCAAUCACCAUUACACAGGCAGCAGCAGCAGCAUGGAAACUACAGCAGAAGUUGUUGAAUUCUUUGACGAACUCUUUGAUAGUGUCAAUUGCUAUCCUGGCGGUGCAACUAAAGGGAAAUUAAGAAAAGCUGUAAAAAUGAACUCCCCACAUGUACAGUUUUGGACAGAAGUCAUAAAAAAUUUAAACAAU